AUGAAGGAGCCGGCCGCCGCAGUCGCCGGAGGUGCUGGGGCCUCCCCGCUGCUCAAGGCCGUCGUCGAGAAGGCCGCCGCACAGGAGGAGGAGAAGAAGGAGGGCGAGGAGGAGCAGACUUCGCUCUCCACGAGCACCGACGAGCUGGACAUACUUAAGCGUCGCCCGCGCAAGGACAAGAUCGUGUACAACACGGAGGAGAAGAAGAAUGAGGAGCCCACCGAGGAGGUGAUCGAAUCGCUCAUUCCCCAAGUCGACAUCAGCACCGUGCCCGUGACCGGAAGCAGUGAAAGCGUCCCCGUGAUCGCCGUUGCUGCGCCCCUGGAUGACGCGCCCGCCGCCAGUCCUGUGCUGGCGCCUAAGGUCCUCCAGGCGCUGGGCGUCGAGACGAGCACUCUGAGAAAGAGGAGCAGCACCGCGCCUCCACCGCGCACGUCGGAGGAGGCGAUGGCGGACGUCGAGGUUGACGUCGACGUCGAGGUCUCCGUGCAGGACCGACAGCUGGCCACGGAGGGCGCCUUCGGCGAAGGGUCCGAAGUCAGGCGGCGCAGCGCCACGGACGGCAUGUCUCUGACCCAGUUCCUCGAUGUCGCCUCCAAGGACGUCCAACAGCUGCAAUCGGUUACCAAGAGCCGAGCUAUUCCCAAGGCCGGGUCGAGGAAGAAGCCCACCAGGAGGAGGAGCAGCUUCGCAAGCCCGGGCAGGGCUGCCCUGCUCAGGGCCGAACGGCCGUACAACAGCAUGAACAUCGAGUCCGUCACUGAGGUCGAGGGCUCCUCUUCAGCGUCGGAGGGGUCUGCUUCGGCGGAGGUGAGCUCGGUUUCAGAGGAACGGCGGUCCGAGCAGCCGGACUCGCCGCAGCUGGACUCACCGCAGCCGGAUGCCGAGAGUCGGCCCGCGCGCGACCUGGCCAAAGCCACGCUCAGGAACUCCGGCAUGUUCGCCCUGUCGGCGGACGAUCUGGCCAAGGCGCAGCUCAAGAAGAAGAAGCCCGUCGACGAACAGCAGAAGUCCAGGACUCUCACCCAGGAGGACACGGUGAACAUGCUGGCGCGGCUGAAGAAGAGCAGCUCGGCGAUCGCGCCCAGUCGCCAGGAGAAGGAGGACGAAGCUUCGCCCUCUCCCUUCGGGUCGACGCUGAAGAAGGUGGUGAAGCCGCCCGGCCCCAACAACAGCGAACCCGCUGCCGCUGCCGCUGCGCCGGCCUUCCUGGGCGCUCUCAAGAAGUCAGCGUCGGCCUCCGCCGCGAUCACAACCGAAGGGAAGAAAGACGAGCCCGUCUCGCCCUUUGCGCAUCUCAAGAAGAAGAGCGCCGCGGCGGCUCCGGCGGCGGCCAGCAACACCCCGGCCUGGGCCAAGAACCUCAAGAAGAACAGUACAGACUCUGCGCCUACGACGGCUGCGGCCGCCAAAGAGGAGGAGAAGCCCAAGGAGGCCGCGCCCGCUGCAGCGGCUCCGGCUGCGGCCAGCAACACCCCAGCCUGGGCCAAGAACCUCAAGAAGAACACCGAAGCGGCAAAGGAGGAGGAGAAGCCGAAGGAGGCCGCCCCGGCGCCUGCGACCAACUCGCCCUCAUGGGCCAAGAGGAAACCCGCCGCCGAGCCUGCGCCUGCGCCUGUGGAGGAGAAGCCCAAGGAGACGACCCCCGCAGCAGCUGCUGCUGCUGCACCGGCCGCGGCUGCGAGUAACACCCCUCCGUGGGCCAAGAACCUCAAGAAGUCCACCGCGGCUGCUGCGACCGAGCCCGCCAAGGCGGAAGAGAAGAAGGAGCCCACCGCGGCUGCAGCUGCAGCGGCGCCCGCGACCAACUCGCCGGCGUGGGCCAAGAAGAAGCCCGCCGAGGCUGCACCGGCGGCUGCUGCUGCGCCGGCAGCGAAGGAGGCCGAAAGCAAUACCCCGGCGUGGGCCAAGAACCUCAAGAAGUCUACUGCAGCGGCGCCAGCGGCCGAGGAGGAGAAGCCCAAAGCGCCAGCGCCAGCGCCAGCGCCAGCGGCCGCGGGAACGCCAGCCUGGGCGCGCAAGAACAGCGCGGCCAAGGAGGAGGAGAAGCCGGCACCACCCUCGCCUGCUGUUGCCCCCGCGGCCGCCGAAACUGGAGCUGGCGGCUCGGUGAGCGCCGCGGCCGCGAUGUUUGGCGGUCGAGGAAGGGGAGGCUCGGCUGUUGGCAGAGGAGGCAAGUUCAGCUGA